ACAUCAUCACCAUCAUCACCGGUGGAAGAAUUUCCCGUCACCCUGCGGCGCCGGUUGCCAUGGUAACCCGGGCUCCGGCCGCCGACGGCGCGCCGCAGUGAGCGAGGAGAGACCCACGGAGGAGAGACGGUGAGUCACCGGGACCAGCCCCGGUCAACGACUGACAACCGGCGGACUGGCGGACACGGAGACGGACCUGUCGGUCGGUCCGUUAGUCCGUUACACCCCCCCACGCCACCCCAAUAGCCCCCACCGCUGCUGCGGAGGCGCACGAUAGUCGCGGACUGUUAAUGAGAUCCAGAUAAAAGGCAUCGACCGCAGUGUUGCUUCGACCUGAGAGACUACGGCAACCUCAUCGGCGGCAACCGGACUGUUGCUGCGGUGUUGAUGACCAGUUAACCACCGGAAGGCAACCGCAUCUGCAGCGACUAGCAACCGGACCGUUGAUGUUUAAUGUUGCUUUAACCUGUCGGAGGCUUCAGCAACUACAGCAUCCAGGCUAACAGCAGCAUUUAUCAGGCCACGGAUUGCCCACAACUUCACUGUCGCUUUAACUUGCUUAAACAAGACUGUUCAUCAACCACAUAUAACCGUAAAGGACUACAGCAAAUAACCCCACAGCAACUACACAUACAGCAAUUGUGCCUGCUGCAACUUGGAAAUUGAUUGUUGAGGUUUGAUAACCACCAUGCUGCAUCAGCUAACUAACUACAGCGACAACAUUAUCAGCAACUAGCAAAAACUGUUGAUGUUUAAAUCAGUGUCAACGUCAACUCGGCCUGCAACAACAUCCACGGGACCUGUCGACUCAUCGCCCAGCAGAUGGGCGUCUUCCCGGGCUGAUCAGCUGAUCUGGAGUCAGACAGCUGACGGCCUCAGGCUGAGCUAAGCCCCACCCACCGCCGGGCCCCUAUUUUCAGGCUCGGGUGAAGACGACGGCCGACAGAAUGAGCCUUCUAAAGGAGGCGGAGCCUGGCCCAGGGACGGAAGCCAAGACCUGGGCUCAGUCUCUGGUCUACACGCUGGAGGAGCUCGAGUGUAAAAUCUGCUACAACCGCUACGACACUCGAAGCCGCAAACCCAAACUGCUGGGCUGUCUGCACCGGGUCUGCGCCAAGUGUCUGAAGAAGAUGGUCGACAUGGGAGAGUCUUCUCCGUCUAUCAUCUGCUGUCCUUUCUGUCGCCACGAGACCUACGUCCCCGACGAGGAGGUGAGACUUUACUUUGUAAACCAGGAGGUGAGGCUUUAUUCUGUUAACGAGGAGGUGAGACUUAUUAAGGAGGUGAUUCUCCCCCAUUUUCGGACAAGUGUCUUCCUGUCUCUGUCCUCUGAUAAAGGUGUGGUUGAUGGAGGACGACCGACACAUCCUGGCUGUUCUGUCUUGUCAGGACCGAGCCCGAGGUGGUGGUGGUGGUGGUGGAGGAGGAGGAGUAGGAGGAGGGGAGGUGUUGCUGAGUCCAAACAGUCUGACCGGUGGGAGGGGCGUGGAUUCGUCCCACCGGUCCUCAGACUGUCUGGUCAUCACCAUCAUGGAGCUCCCCGAGGACUCCCCCUCCUCGGACUCCCUGAGCAUGCUCAACGUCGUGGGGCUGUACCGCCCCCCCAGCUUGGACUCGCUGCCCUGCAACCUGCCGACUCAGAAGUGUCGCGCCUGGACGUCCCGCAGCUUCCCCCGCUGCCUGCUGGGGGCGCUCUGCCUGGUGUACUUCAGCUCUCUGCCUCUAGGGAUCUACCUGCUGAUGAUUGGUCAGCUGUGGCUCGGCGUGGUCCUGGUGAGUCUGGUCCCGUCCACGCUGCUGCUGCUCGUCCUCUACGGCUUCUGUCAGUGUCUGUGUCACGAGCUGAUGGAGGCGUUUGCCGCGCGCACACAUGCAAUGCCGUGACAAAAAGCGGCGCACGCGCUACAGCGAUGACGACAACACGUUAGCCGCAAGGAACCCGCUGAACGCUGCCGACGCACGCUGCUAUAACGACGACACGUGGCCCUGACUACCACGACACCCCUGCUGCCAUGACAACACCACUAACGACUAGUCACCGCUGCCAUGACAACAACACUGACAAUUGGUCACCGCUGCCACGACAGUCGAACAGGCCGCCGUGACAACUUCAACACACGGUACCACGAGAAGCAUCAACACAGCCGUUACCACAACAGAGACAAACCACCAGAAUGAAGUGUCCACAAAAAACAAUCAGAACGACAACGUGGACACCAGAAGCAAGAAAAACAUUCACAGCAUGGGAUAUCCCACCACAACCAGAAUGUGUAUUCAGCUUAAAUGAAUUAAACAGUUAAAAUAUGUCUAGGAAACACAUCUCAUUAUGAUAACGUUAAACUAAUGUGUUGCCUGGAUGUAUUCUCAUAGAAUAGAGUGGGUAAAAUACUGUGUUCUGGGGCUUUGUGAAACAGACGGAAAGAUUUAAAAAAUGAAAAAUCAGAGGCCAAAGAAUGUUGACGGUUCCAUAUUAUUCACACACAAUCCGUUACCUCAAACCUAACAGCAGCAGCGGUUACCAUAGCAACCUACCCAAUUAGGAGGGAAACCAUUGUCAUAACUUUACAAAAAACAACACCAGAACCAGAACAGAAUCACUCCACUACAGACUGACCCACCUGUCCAAUCUGACUCCGCCCCCUCUGAAUACCAGCAUCACCCCGUACCCCCUCCCCCUCCUCCUCCUCGUUGUAACUACAGCCACUUCAGAUGAGCUCCAGCUGACAUCAUCACAAAGAGGAGGCAGAGUUUAUCUCCCUCGGCUGAUGUUUCACUGUAAAGGUUUUUUCUCUUUCCUGCUGGACAAGCUGAGAACAAGUUGUUUCAUUUUAUAUUCAGAGACAACAGAAGGAUCCAAACUGUCAGCUGAUGGACACCAGUGUCCGUGCAGACUGUACCAGACUGACUUUAAAAGUUCACCAUGUUGAAAACGGAACAUGUAACUUCAUUGAUAUGUGGAAAUCUGUAACUGAUGUCUAAUAAGACACCGGAAACAAAGAGAGGACUGUUUAGCACAAAGACUGGAAAUAAGGGAAACUGUUAAAGUAGCUCCAUAAAAGUACUGCUUCCUGUCCAACUGUAUUCCCACAAUGUUGGCAGAACAUAAAGAAGUGUUAACAUAUUUUUCCAAGAUGCCUUAUAAAAUGUCCUAACACAAAUUAAGUCAAAAUUAGCUUUUUUGUUGUGCAUUUGUUGCACUUUGUUAUAAAAACAGUGUAUACAUUAUUUUGAAUGAACUGAGCGUACAAAUGUAUUUGUUUCAAAUGCAACAGUCGGUUUCUUAAUGUUUACACAUUUACAUGUGUGUGUAUGUAACAACACAAUAAUCUGUGAAAUUGUCGACAUAAAACCGAAGAAUUGUGUUAGAUGUUUUUACGAUUUUACUUAUGUUGAAUCCUAUCACCACAUGUUAAUAGCAUGUCAUAUCACAACAAUGUGGUCCUCAUACACUGAUGUUCAAUCAAUAUCAAAUAACAUGGGAAUCAUUUAUUCAUUGUUUCAAUUAAGUUAACAGUCUCCCCUUGUUGCAGCCUUUGUGCUAAGCUAACAGUCUCCCCUGGUCGCAGCCUUUGUGCUAAGCUAACAGUCUCCCCUGGUUGCAGCCUUUGUGCUAAGCUAACAAUAUCCCCUGGUUGCAGCCUUUGUGCUAAGCUAACAGUCUCCCCUGCUUGCAGCCUUUGUGCUACGCUAACAGUCUCCCCUGCUUGCAGCAUUUGUGCUAAGCUAACAGUCUCCCCUGCUUGCAGCCGUUGUGCUAAGCUAACAGUUCUCCCAUGCCUGCAGCAUUUGUGUUAAGCUAGCAGUUUCCUUUCUGGCUGCAGGCUUUAUGCUAAGCUAACAGAAAGCAAGACAAUUUACGGAG